AUGGCUUCGAACUAUAUCACCAAGGUGGCCAUCGUCGGGGCUGGCGGAAACAGUGGAAAAUUCAUGACAGAAGCCCUACUCAACACUGGCAAACAUACUGUCACAGCCCUUGCACGCGCUGGCAGCCAAAACAAGCUCCCAGCCGGGGUAAAUGCCAAGAUAAUCGACUACAACAAGCCAGAGACCAUUGUCGAGGCUCUCAAAGGCCAGGAAGCUCUGAUCAUCACACUUAGUGGGGGCACACCCCAUGAGGUUGACCUCUCCCUCGUACAAGCCGCUGGAGAGGCGGGUGUUCGAUGGAUCCUCCCAAAUGAGUGGGGGCCAGAUAGUGCGAAUCCGGAUUUCAUUAAGGAUAUCGCGAUAUUCCAACCAAAGGAAGUAACCCGCAAAGCUAUUGCAGACCUCGGCAAAAGCUCUUAUAUCUCUGUUAGCACAGGGUUUUGGUACGAAUGGAGCUUAGCCAUUCCAUCAGCCUUUGGUAUCGACUUUUCCAACAAGACUGUGACGUUAUUCGAUGAAGGCGAGACCAAGAUCUCAACUUCAACUUGGCCACAGGUUGGUCGAACCAUUGCUGCUCUGUUGAGUCUACCCAUCCAGGCUAAGGGGACUUGCCUUGAGAGUCUGAGGAAUCAAGUUAUCUAUGCCGACUCCUUUACUGUCAGCCAGAAAGAUAUGCUGGAAUCUGUGUUUAGGGUCACCGGGACCACAGACAAGGAUUGGACUAUCACGAAACAGUCGGCCAGAGAGAGAUAUGAGAACGGAGUGAAGGACAUGCAGGGAGGUGAUCGGAUUGGCUUUGUGAAGUCACUAUACACUCGGGUCUUCUUUGACGAUGGUUCUGGCGAUAUCACACCUAAGGGAACGCUGAAUGGGGUGCUUGGUUUGCCAACGGAGGACAUUGAUGAGGCAACGCAGGUGGCCAUUGACCGAUCCAAGAGCUCUCCGUGGAGUUAA